AGGCUGUCGGCGAAGAGCGCGUCAGCAAAAUGGAACGAAGGCAGCAGAAGCCAAUAAUGAUAGCCUCACCGGCUUGUUUACGUCUCCUUACCUCACUUACAUUUACUACAUAAUAAACACAUCUCUUUCUCACUGAAUCAUUUCACAUUUCAUACACAAAAAAACUCAAGUAGUUUCUCAACGAUGACAGGCAGAGAAAUUCUCCAUAAGAUGAAGUUGAAGGCUGGAUUCUGCGGAUCUGAAACGGGCAGAGGUAAAAGCAGGACGUGGAAAAACAUCUCCCACGGUUUUCACUUUGUCAAGGGCAAAGCUAACCAUCCCAUGGAGGACUACGUUGUGUCUGAGUUCAAGAAAGUUGACAACCACGAUUUGGGUUUGUUUGCCAUCUUUGACGGCCACUUGGGGCAUGAUGUGGCCAAGUACUUGCAGACCAAUCUUUUUGACAACAUACUCAAAGAGAAGGAUUUUUGGACUGAUAUAGACAAGGCUAUAAAGAACGCAUACAUAUCAACAGAUGCUUCCAUAUUAGAGCAGUCACUUAAACUUGGCAAAGGUGGAUCAACUGCUGUAACUGGAAUCCUUAUAGAUGGGCAAAAGCUAGUGGUUGCUAACGUUGGAGACUCACGGGCAGUGAUGUCAAAGAAUGGUGUUGCAUCUCAGCUCUCGGUUGAUCAUGAACCAAGCAAGGAGCAAAAGGAAAUAGAGAGCCGUGGCGGCUUUGUAUCCAAUAUUCCAGGGGACGUUCCAAGAGUUGAUGGACAACUAGCGGUUGCGAGGGCGUUUGGAGAUAAGAGCUUAAAGAUACAUUUGAGCUCAGAACCAGACAUAACACAUCAGACAGUCGAUGAUGGGACCGAGUUCAUUGUUUUUGCGAGUGAUGGAAUUUGGAAGGUGAUGUCAAACCAAGAAGCUGUGGACGCGAUCAAAAGCAUAAAAGAUCCACAUGAGGCAGCCAAGGAGCUGAUAGAAGAAGCAAUCUCUAGGAAAAGCAAAGAUGACAUCUCCUGUAUCGUUGUAAGAUUCCAGUGAUAAUGUUCUAUCUGUAAAAUUUCCACCAAUCAACCGUUGAUGUUAAACGCUUAAGCUAUUUGUUGUCUCUUGUAAAACCGUUUAUAAUAAAUCUCAGGCUCUCAGCCAAAAUGUAUAAUAACGUCGUGCAAAUGAUUCUGAUCCAUUAGUCUAAAUGAUUGGGGUUUCCUUUCUGCGAUUUUUUUUUUCUGAAUGAAUGUAAAAUUUA